AUGCAACGCGCAUCCGCCUCGACACCCACCACCCCCACGACUCCCGACGGCACACGCCCCUCUAAACGUCAAAAGACCGAAGCAGCAGUCACUCCCGACGCCCUCGCCUUCCAGGAAGCCGCCGCCGCCGAAGAAGCAAAGAAGAACGCCUUUAUCGAACGCGCCGCCGCCGAGGCUGGAGAAACAAAAUGGGUCUUGAGUGUCAGUGACGACAAGCCAAAGACUGCUGGGUCAGGAUUGCGCAUCGUGGAGGCUGGAUAUGGUGCCAUUGACUCGGGUGCGCCGAUUCCCGAGAGUGAUGAUGAAGAGGAGGAAGAGCAGAGUGCUGGUAUGGCGGGACGAAGGAGUUUUGGAAAGUUCAACAAGGCUGUCGAGCGUCAACACAACCCAAAUCUCUCAUCAUCAGAGUCCGAACACGACUCGGACGCAUCUUCGGACUCGGACUCGGAUUCGGAGGACGAUGAAGAUCUAGACGAAGCAGAGCUUCUCUUGAAAGCAGAACGCAAAGAAGCAGCCGCAAAACUACGCGCCGAACGCAAAGCACAACGGAAAGUGGAAGAGGCAAAGACAAAACAAAUGGCUGAGCAACGAAGAAGCAGGGAUAUUAAUCUGAACAAAGUUGGUGGAAUCUCAAAUGCUGCUAUCAGGAGCAAACAAGGAAACGUGGCCAACAUGGCUUGUCAUGUCUGUGGCCAGAAGGGGCACUUGCAGAAAGAUUGUCCGGACAAGAAGCAAAGAAGGGUAGACAAGAGGAAGAGUGGUGGUGGCAUGGAUUAUUGA